AUGGUGUCCUUGGUGCCCCUGAUCACUAUUAAGUGUUCUUUUUUUUUUUUCAAGGCAAAGGAUGUAGCCGAACAAACGUUUCAGCUGGCCUUGGACAACUUUGGGUUGAUUCAGUACAGGGGAGCUCUCAGAUCCAAAGCUGUGUUUAGCAUACAGGCUGUCAACAAUGAGGGAACAAUCAUUCCCCUCAGUGAUGAGGACAGUCGCUUUAUGGUAAAAACUGCGUCCAUGAUGGUGCACGAUAUCCCAGAUCUCCAGUGUGGAGGAAACCUGGGAUCAGUAGUUUUCUCUGAGUCCUUUCUAGAGGCCAGCGUUUACAUUCAGCAGAGAGAUGGCGCUCUUUCCUCUGACAGCUGUUUCACUGUGCUCACCUCAUCAGUUCCUCGCCAUGUCUGCUGGCUGGUAGAUGAGGCUGAUGUGCGAAUGUCUGAACAGGCUCAGCAUCUGCUGAAGGAAGAGGAUGGUACGUGUUUGGGCAUUCCUCUAACAGUGAGAGACUCUGCCUACAUGUUCUCCAACAGCCUGCUGUCUACACCUGAGGAAGGGAAACUGGUGUUUUUCUCUGAGGGUAUCCUGUUUGUGCAUCCUCGUCACGGCUCCAUUACACUCUCUAUGAGUCACAUCAACACCAUUAAGCUCUAUAAUGGGGGCUCUCUGUCUGAUGUUUCAAUGCUGUUCAUCAAGUAUCAGACCUCUCUGCUUCCGCACCUUCCAUUCCUUUUACACAGUGCUGAUUUCUCUCUGGCUAUCGCUGUGCUUCCCAGAACCAAGAGCUACAAAAGCUUCUAUUCACAGGUCCUGCCAGCUUGGCGUAAGUCAGACUCUGGGUUGAGAGUGCAACACGUCCUCAAUGAUCAGCUGAGCCCUGAGCACAAGAGCAUGUACUUCAGGCUGUUAAAGCUUCAUGAGAUACAUACACCAGUGGCAAACAGCCACAGAACUGUUCUGAAGACUGCUUAUCCACAGCUGCCAGAGCAGGACAGGUUCCUUCAGCAUUUUGCCAUCAGCAGUAGCGUGGGUGAAGAAUCUGUCUGUAGCGACCACUUGUCUACUGUGUUUUCAAACACAGCACCUGAAAACAUCAAACCUGAAUCCAAGAUAAAGGUGGUCCUCACUAUCAUUGCAGGCUUGCCAGGCAGUCAUAAGGAGAAUCUGUGUGAUUUCUUGAUGGAAGUGAAUCAAAAUAGCGCCAGGUGGGAGGUGUUUUGCCCUGCUCUGGAGGGCUCUGAGGAAUUCAGUGCGUCACACCUUCAGCGGUUCCUGAGCAGCCUUCUGACCAAACAGAGGGAGACGGAUUUGAAUUCAACCAGAGUUGUGCUGCUUAUACCAGGGUACACCGAUGUGCUAGAUGUAAUCCAGGCAAUCACGGCUCAUCCAGACCCACAAGUUCACAGCCAAGUGACAGUGGGUGCCGUCUCAGCAUGUGUCAACCCACUCACAUCCUUCAUCAAACACAGGCUUCUCUUCCCCAAACUCCUGGAGCAGUGCAGUCAGGGCGUCGUCAGCAAUGUUAUCUUCACGGGUUUAACUACCGAGCAGAAGCACCCACUUCUCAAACACAUGCAGCAGCUGAUCCGUGCAUCCAAUCCCAGCACUGCAUUUAUUUCAGCAGAGAAAUGGGCAGUUAGAAGGACUGAAGAUAUACGGCUUAUUCUGAAUGACAGCAGUUUCUCACAGACUCGUAUGAUCAAUGCACGAUACCUGCUGUAUCCUGGCUGGUGGGAAGGCAGGUUUGUUUCUGGAAGUGGAUCACUGUCUAUGUCUCCGCAUUGCAUUGAGUUCAGUCGUCCAUUGGAAAAAGCAUUAUUUCUGCAGCGCUGCAAAGCUCUGAAAUCCUCUCUCAAACCCAGCUCUUUCACAGGAAACAUCUAUCACAUCAGUGGGAAAGUGCUGUUCUCUGACAAUGACAGACAGAUGGUGGUAAACUGUAACUCUAUCAGUGGGAAUGUGACCAUUGCCCCUGAUCAGGGGACUCACCAUGGCCCACGGACAACAAACAACUGUUAUCUAAUGUUUCACGGAGUGGGGCUCACCCAAGAGGGGCUGAAAGACUGGCUUCGGCAUUGUGCCAAACAGAAAGUUGCAAAAAAAAUCAAGAAGAAUAAGAGGACGCUCACCCCACAGGAGAUCAGAUACAUUCAUGUGAAAAGACACCUUGAUCCUCUCCCUCCCGGUUACUUCUACAAUGGUCAUCACUUCGUCAGUUUCUUUGGAGAAAAGCAAAACUUCCAUCCUCUGAUGGAUCAGUUCAUUGAUGAAUACGUGCAGGAGGCCAAUGAAGAGAUUGAACACUUCAACAGAAAGGUGGACCUGCAGCCUCACGUUGACCUCUUCGACCCCUAAUCCUCUCAUAUGACAAAUUCACUUUCCGGGAAAAGGGAGGGGAGGGUCACUUUACAAUCACUAAUGUCCACUAUCCAGUUACCCGCUCAAAACCGUCCAUUUCACAUGUUAGAAUGAGGGAUUUGCUGUUGAGAGAUGGGGAGGAUUUAGCUCACAGCCAGGAAGAAAUAUCACAGCCUAAUGAGAGAUCCUUUGCCCAACAUACCAUGACUGUAAAUAGUACCAGCGCCCUGAGAAAGCUGAAACGCUGUUGUGUAAAACAGCACUGCUAAAGCCUCAGAUGUGUCAAAACAUUCCUGUAAAGAACAAUAUUUUCUCUGUAUUAUAAAAUAGAAGGUAAACAGAAAGUCUAGGCUUAUAUAUAGGCUUCAAGGGAUGCCCAGAUCAUUACUCUCUCCGCUGUGUACAUACUUUAGUGCUGAGGCUCCCUGCAGUGAAGGUUGUUCUACUGUAAUUCCAGUGCCUAGCAGACAUAUUGAGCUGAAUCGUAAUGAAGGUUGUCAGUGAGGCUGAAAGUGAUCAAACAGAAGGCUAAUUUCCAGCCGUGUGCAUCUGGAAAAGCAGGUGCACUGCACCUGCCCUCAGUCAGCCUCUGUCAAUCUAUCGACCCCCGCUGUGUGGAUCAGGGCUGAGGAUCUCUCAUGUGCUGCAGUUCUCUUGUCAGCCAUUCCAAAGUCAUUAACGGUGCUUCAAGUAACCCCAUUUCGAGAGGGUUAGGGAAUCAGGGUAUGAUGGAGGGUUUAUUAUUAGAAGUUUUUAUUGACUUCAGUCAGAUUGACGUGUUGGCUUCGUUUGUAGCACCAGGGAUCGGAUUGGUGUGUUAAACCCAUGCUUGCCGAGCGUGUGCUGGUACAAAAGCAUGGCAGAAGCAGAAUUAGUGUGCUUAUAUCACCCCUGUACUGUAUUAGAUCCGUACCGUUCGGUAUUACGGUCGUAUUUUAAAUCUAUCUUGGGGUGUGUGUCAUUCUAUGCAUGUUUACUUGGACUAAUCACACACAGCAGGAGAGCAGCAGUGUCUUUUGAACUUGAACAUUUGAACUUUUGUCUAUAAGACGAGCCUUAAAAGUAUUGUUUUGAAACAAUUACAGCGCUACUAAAGGGAUGCACUUCCAAAGAAACCCAGACACUGCUGGUCUCCUCUGUGCUGCAAUAUACUGUACCGGUGUUAAUACACUACAUGGUUAGCAGUUCUUUCACCAAGCCAUAUUCACUCUUUACUGUGGAGAUUUAUGAGCUACAUAGUGCUAAUGUUGCUAUGGGCCUUUUUAGUGUUCCUUUAGAGAUUUCUAAUAUGGUAACUUUGCCUUUAUGUCUCUUGACACUUCUGUACCUUGUCAGUAUGCAAGUGCAGUUUUACUCAAGGCCGCCCUGUUGUGAAUAAACUCUGAAAGGACGUUGCUGAGAUGUAGAUCCGACAAGCAAAGACAAACCGACUACUCACUAAUAGGUGACAGAGCCUCAGAGGUAACCAGUCACUUCACGAGUGCUGAAACGCAAUCACCGAUGUGCCACACACACACACCGCUCAUUUAGCUGGUGGUGUCACUAUUAGUCGGGUUCUACACAGCAGCUGUCCUUAAUGGGUACAGGGCUACGUAACACUUAUAUAAUGUGUAGUUCAAAGUAGCGGCCAUUUUUAGCACAUACUAUCCACAUGUGUUAAGAUGUCUUAUCGAGUUCUAUUUAAGCUAACUGAAAUGCCUUUCACCAAACUGGAGCAACCAAGAAAGAAAUCGCAAGAGUUCAAUCUAUUUUUCAUAUUGGAAAAAAGGUGAUUUAUCUUUGCAAAUUCUAUUUUUCUAAUGCUGUGAAAUCAAUUCAAUUGGAGCCAGAUGAUAGUAUUCCUCAGGCGAAGCAGAUUCUCUCCUGUGAGAGAUAUUUGGCUGCCGCUGCAGAGUCUUGGCAGAGAGCAGGGGCAUCCCCGGGCAGAGCCAAGCGCCAGUGUUGGUGAAAGGAUAUGAAGAGUUGUUUAUCUAUGUAAGUGUAAAGGGCCAGUAAGGGUCUGCCGAGUAACAGAACGGCACUGGAGGGCCACCGUGUAAAACUCAAGAAAUUUGGGCUUUUUGUCAAGAGAUGAGAACUAUGAAUCUGUCUUUUGCUCCUCAUCGCAGAGGACUCUAGUGAGGCCCUCCAGAGGCAGUUCCUGGUAUUAUGUGAACCCCCUCUGGCCCGCACAACUGUGCUCGUGGAGCUGAGGUUAGAGGAAUAAAACGGAGUUUGGUGGAAAGGUUUAUGACAUGAAUAUGUCAAGAAUAAUUUUUAAUUUGCGGCUGCAAUGCUAUUUAGAUAGGAGGGAUAGAUUUAUGUCGUUUUGUUUUGCUGAACGCAAACCGGCCUGGGUUUUCCAAAAGGUCAAACUUUUAAAGAAAAGCACUUUUUUAGUCAUAACAUUGCCUUUGGUGGCAAACUCUUACUAUUAUAGAUAAAUAUUCUGACUUUCAGUGGUCACUGAAGGCUUGUUCACGACCAAAACUUUUUAUCUUGUCCAGCCCCUAAAUCUGAUUGUUGUUUUAAUAACCAACCAGAGGCUGAAUAUUCAGACAGCACGUGUCUUGUGUUCUCAGGUAUGUAGUAGAGUUGGCAACACCAGCAUUCAAGUUUUAUUUCAAACGUCCAUCACAACCGGCCUACAUUUAGUGCAUUUAGUGUUGUGGAUGAAUGUGCU